CGGCGGGAGCGAGGGGGAGGGCGCCUGAGCUCUGCGGCGCCCUCCGCCUGGUCUCUGCCGGCUGCCGGUGGCUCCGGGUUCCCUUGCACCGGUGCUCUCGGUCUCAGCCUCUCCGCCCGCCCUCGCUCCCGCUCCCGAGCGCGGAGGCGAGCCGCAGCCCGGCGCGGCGGUGGGCGUGUGCGCGCUGAAGGACGCCUCCUCUCGCUCCAGUGUUGCAGGCGGCGGCGGCAGCGGCGGCUGGCGGCUCCAGCUCGGGCAGCGGCGGCGGCUUCCGGAGUCCCGCGGCGAAGAUGCUGAAAGUCACGGUGCCCUCCUGUUCCUCGUCCUGCUCCUCGGUCACCGGCAGUGGCCCGGGGUCUGGGAACCUCGUUCCGGAUUACUGGAUCGACGGCUCCAACCGGGAUGCUCUGAGCAAUUUCUUCGAGGUGGAGUCAGAGCUGGGACGGGGUGCUACAUCCAUUGUGUACAGAUGCAAACAGAAGGGGACCCAGAAGCCCUAUGCUCUGAAAGUGUUAAAGAAAACAGUGGACAAAAAGAUUGUAAGAACUGAGAUAGGAGUCCUUCUGCGCCUCUCACACCCGAACAUCAUAAAACUUAAGGAAAUAUUUGAAACCCCCAUGGAAAUCAGUCUGGUCCUUGAGCUCGUCACAGGAGGAGAACUAUUUGACAGGAUUGUGGAAAAGGGAUAUUAUAGUGAGCGUGACGCUGCGGAUGCGGUGAAGCAAAUCCUGGAGGCAGUUGCUUACCUGCAUGAAAAUGGGAUCGUCCAUCGUGAUCUCAAACCAGAGAAUCUUCUCUAUGCAACUCCAGCCCCAGAUGCACCUCUCAAAAUCGCUGAUUUUGGACUUUCUAAAAUUGUGGAACACCAAGUGCUCAUGAAGACAGUAUGUGGAACCCCAGGGUACUGCGCGCCUGAGAUUCUCCGGGGCUGUGCCUAUGGACCUGAGGUGGACAUGUGGUCUGUAGGGAUAAUCACCUACAUCUUACUUUGUGGAUUUGAACCAUUCUAUGACGAAAGGGGUGAUCAGUUCAUGUUCAGGAGAAUUCUGAAUUGUGAAUAUUACUUUAUCUCCCCCUGGUGGGAUGAAGUAUCUUUAAAUGCCAAGGACUUGGUCAGAAAACUAAUUGUUUUGGAUCCCAAGAAACGGCUGACGACAUUUCAAGCCCUCCAGCACCCGUGGGUCACAGGUAAAGCAGCUAACUUUGUGCACAUGGACACUGCUCAGAAGAAGCUCCAAGAAUUCAAUGCUCGGCGCAAGCUUAAGGCAGCGGUGAAGGCUGUGGUGGCCUCUUCUCGGCUGGGAAGUGCCAGCAGCAGCCACACCAGCCUCCAGGAGAGCCACAAGGCCAGCCCAGAUCCAUCCCAAGAGGACAACACAGAUCUUCUGGGAAAGAAAAUGCAAGAAGGGGACCAAGUGGCAGCUGAGGAUACAGCAGCUGAGAUGAGGAGAUCGCCGUCCGAGGAGGAGAAAGAUGCAGGUGUACAAGACGAGGUCCCCACGAUGGCGCCUCGGGCACUGGAGGAUGACUUGAAGACAGACAACCCAGCAAUGAAGAGGAGCUCAGGGGAGAAGCUGAAGGCUCUGGAGGAAGAAAUGGCCCCCGAAGAUGAGGAGGAAGCCCCUGCUGGGGGACUUGGGGUUCCACAGCAGGAUGUAAUUCUGCCAGAGUACUAAGCUGGCUUCCUUUAGGUCCAGAGAACAACCCUAGCAUUUUAUGUACUUUGUCCUUCAGCAAGGAAGGUGGGGAAGCAUGAUAUGCACUAUAGUGAUUCUGUUUUGAGGUGCAAAAAAACAAAAACAAAAAAACCAUAUAUACCAGUUGGUAAUCCUAAUUUCAGUGCAUGUGUUUGCUUUAUGAAAUAAUGACGUUUUCUACGGCAUGUAAUGAAUACCUGAUACUGAUGAGUUAAAGUGGAAAUUUCCAGCAAACGACACAACACUUAAAAACAAACAUUCUCAGCCUUUGGUGGCACAUAUUUGAAGCGAAAUGGAAAACUAAUUUUUAUUUGAAAGCUUAGACAUCCUAUACCCUCUAGAAGUCUUCAGAAAUGGCAAUCCCUUUCAGCUCCACUCAAACCAAGACACAUCCCCAUGACUUUGUGAACGCUUUCAGGGGCUUCAGCUUGGUAGAUUGGGUGGUUAUAAAAGACACCUAUAGAGUGUCCAAAAACAUCUGCAGUGUUGAGAAGUGGUAGCAUUCUCAGAAGGCCGUGAGUCCACAGCCCCCUCAAGUGUGUGUAGACAAUGUCUUAUUUUAUUCUUAAGUGUACAAGAAUAUCCAAAGUGUUCAUCAUAAAACUCUGCCAGUUUACAAUCCUUAGGAUAUUAUUUAUUAAACUCUGUUGUUUCUUUCCUUCACCUGCUUCUCAUUAAAAUGCCCCAUCAAAUGUAUAAAACCUGGGUAAGAAUAAACAAAUUUAAGUAGAAUGAUAUAUAAUUGGAACUCAGACAUACCAAGAUUAAUUCCUUUUUAUUUCUCAUAUAAAUUUGCAUUUGUAAGCUUAUACAAAUAAUAGGUUUCAAGUUCUGAAAAGGUCCGUUUCGCAAAUUGGUGCCAAAAUGUCUGACUAUAAUAAGAACAAUACAUUCUAUUGUUAGGUAAUUUAUUAUUGGUGUUGUUAGAGUAAGGAAAUGUUUGCAGAAGGUUUCUCUCCUCCAGCUCUGUAAACAUACUGUUCAUGAGUUUAAAAUUCAUUAUGAAAGCUAGUCUAUCUUUUCCUCACACUUAGAAUGGAAGGGUGCAUACUUUAUGAUGAUGAAACUUUCCAUAUCAAGAAAUUUACUUUUAUUUGUCUUGAAAAAUAAAUGAAAACCAAUCUUAAGCCAUACUUCAGAGAGGGUAAAGCAUUAGAAUUUAAAAGCAUGAUUUUUUUUCCCCUCAGAAUAAAAACUUUUCUUUGAUUCCUAGAAAUUACACUAAAUCCAGUAUUAAGUUUCUUGAGUGAAAAUGAACACUUUAUUAAAACAAUUGUUUUACAUUUUUGGUGGUUUUUCUUAAUUUAUAAGCAGCAUUCAUUUCAAAAUCCAAAAUGAAGGCAGUAAAAAUGAACAGCACAGAAUUUUUUCAUAAAAUAAUGAUAAUUUGUUCUGACUCAUAUACAGACAUUUACACUGGGGAAUUAAAUUAGAGCUGGGGUUUCUCCAGGCUGUUAGAGGCAUCGGCACUUCAGUGUGUCACGCACACACCCCAGCAGUCUUGGGGAAGGAGACAAUGUGUUGCUUCCUGUGGUCUGUGAUUUGGGUCCUUGACAGGCAGCUGACUUGAGGUGCCUCAUCUGAGCUCGGGUGAUUAUUUUUUCAAUUGAUUUUAAUUAUGUAUUUAUGCUCUUAUUUUCCUUCUCUCCUCUUUAAUCAUUCCCUCACAGAACUCUCAUUCUCAGUGUUAUAAAGGGCUAUUUUUAACCUUUAAGAAUGCUUUCCUAAGGUUUCCAUUUUCGAAGAGCAAUCCCCUAGUGUAAUUUUCCUCAUCAAACUUAACCUAUAGAUGGUAAGUGUCCCAUGUAUGGAAAGAGUGAAGAUAGACUAAGGGGUCUUGAUAGAAGGUGCAAUUAGAACAUAUCAUCACUCAAACCCAGCCCACGUCUUAUUUCAUCCCAACAUGGGCUGAACACCUUGGAUGACCCUGUGCACUUUAGGAAGAGUAUUACAAAUGCCAAGCCCUCAUGCAUUUAUAAUUCAGUUAUUUAAAUGAUUGCACCUUACCACUUCUUGGUGAUACUCAAGAGUGUUAGGAUAAUUCCCUCUCUUUGACAACCUAUAUACUUCAUUAGCUAAAUAUCAUUAGCAGUUUUCAAUUGUAACUUGUAUGGUAAAGAUUGUCCUAAUGCUUACAAAGAACUAAGUCCAUUCACUGGGAAAUGAGUCAAAUAUUUAAGUCAAAUUACUCAAAAAUUUAAUAGAAAUACCAUCUAAAAAUACUUAUUUACCAUUUUUAAAGAACAGUCAACAUUUAUAUUGCUUGUUAAAUAUCUCAAAGAUUAAACUAAAGGAAUACAGUCUUAAUUUGAAAGAACACUUUCUAAUAUUACUCUUAAUUUGUAAUGUAGUCACAAAGCAAAACAGUUUUUUAAAAUUUCAGCAAAGAAAGAAUAAUAAAUUAACAUCUGCAUUUAAAAGAUGACAGUUUUAAGGUGGGAAGGAGUAGCACACACCUUUGAUCCCAGCACUUGGGAGGCAGAGGCAGGAGGAUCUCUGAGUCUGAGGCCAGCCUGGUCUACAGGGUGAGUUCCAGGACAGCCAGGGCUACAACACAGAGAAACAAGCUCAAAAAGCCAAAACAAAGAGAGGAGGAGAUAGAGAUAGAGAUGAGAGAAAUGGGGGAGGGGGAGGGAGAGAGAGAGAGAGUUAAAUUCAUUAUUGGUUUUAUUUCAAGAACAUGAAGUACUAGCAUAAUUAGGUAUAAUUAGGUUCUUUUACCAUAGAGGACAAUCUUCAAUUAUUUCCCCCAUCCAGAAAUUCCAACUGUGAUUUCAAUGGGUCUCUCAAACUGUUAACUCUUUUGCCACAACAGCAUAUAAAUCAGAGACUAGAAUAGAAUAGUUGUAAAAUUAUUUUCUGGAAUAAGUGCUUAUAUUUAACAAGUUUAAUGUAAAUAUAAGUGACACAUAAUAAAAAAUUUCUGAGACAAGGUUUUAUUAUGUAUCCCAGGCUGGCCUUGAACUCACUCUGUAGCCCAGACUGAUCUGAAACUCACAGUGAUCCUCCUGCCUCAGCAUCCCAAGAUCUGAGGUUAUAGGCAUGUGCCACCACUCCCACAGCCAUACAUGCAUCUUUAAGUUUUCCAUUAGCUACAUUCUAAAAAGAAAAUAUGAAAUGCUGAUAGUACAUUUUAAUCCAGUGUACACAAAUUAUCACAUCAAAACAAAAAUGAAUGACAUAACUUGUCACUUUUAUACUGUUUCUAAGUUAGCAGUCUAAGCCUGUUUACAUCAGGUGGUCAGGAGACACACUGUAGCCAGUGGUUCCUAUGGCAGACACACUGGUCUAGUCUACAGCACUUUUCUUUGAGCAAAGCUGUGGUUAGAUUUGAGCUGACAGUUUUCCACAUUGCUAAGUUGGUAAGCAGCUAAGAUGCCAAAGUUACAGAUGUACUAGAGACAUAAAUAUUGCCUACUCCUAAACACACUUUGUCUUGGAGAAGUGUUCUGCAAUAUUACAUCAAAGCAACACUUCCUUAGGUAUUGCCAAAUUGUGUGUGCGUAUGUACUGGUCAGAGCCCAUCUUAACCCCAUUUGGCUCUUGGAAACCUGACUUCAUCCUGAGUUUCCUAAGUAUUACCUAGAGCCAACAGUAUUCUCACUUAGCACAAACGACUAUGGGCCUUCCAUGUAUCCCCACUGAUCAGACUACACAGAAUCCAGUCUCUCCACACUGGGCUAAGCUGGACAUCCUUCUCUUGUUGGAGGCAAUCUUUCUAGAAGCCUCCUGAAAAAUACACUUGCAUGAUGGACAUGUUAUAAUGAUGGUGAUAUGCCAGAUACCCGUGAAAUGGGAAUAUGGUCACAUCUGGUACUUGUAGGGUUUUUGUAGAAGGGCCCAAUUAAAGCUGCCACAGACUUUUUAAAUACUUUUGGAAUUUUUUACAUACUAAUUUUAGAAUAAUUGUCAAUGUCCUAUAGUCAUUUUUAGUGGCAGAUUUAUAAAGAAAGAAGCAGCCUGCCUUUUAAAGGGACCUCAAUUGCAUACUAUUUUGACAUUUUGUAAUGUAGAAUGUUCAGCAUUUUUUAUUGGCUAUUUCCAGUAUCAUAUGCAAGGUUAUUCUUCAUGAGCUGCCUCCAGGUUGAAGCUUCAAGAGCCAUUUUGUUUCAUGAUUCAGUUUUUUAUUGCACAGAAGCAGCUGGUUGCAUUUUAGAUUGGGAAAAGACAAGAAAUGCCAGGAAAAAAAAAAAAAGGUACUUCUGCUCUAGGAUUGUUCUUACAAAGCCAAAUACAAAAUAAGGAUUUUAAAAGAGGUCAUCAUGGUGAAUUAGCACUAGGCUCAUUACAUAUAUACAGCACAGCCAAUUGCAUAAUUAUAAUGCCAUUGUGUAACCUGCUCAUCUUUAGAGAGUACUCGGUCUGGUUGUCUAGGUUUGAGACAGCACAAAGUUUCCAGACAUUUAUUUAUGUAAUGAAAUUUGUAAUGUCUUUGUAAUUACUGUCCAUUAGGUCAUAUUCCAAUUUCCUUAAUGUUUCUCACUGAUACAUUACUGAUCAGGGUCACUGCUGACAUUUAAGCACUUACCAGUUGAACGCUGCUGAAGAUUAGACUAUGUCUGCAGUGUCUGUGUGUUUUUAACAUACAAAUGUAAUUUUUAUGCUGGUGUUUACAACCCUAUGAUGAAAAUGUACAAAAGUUUCUGCUUAAAAAUGUUGUCAUUAUACUUCCUUAUAAAAAGGUGGCCAUCAAGUUCCAUGAAAGUGAAGGUAAGAUAGAGGAGAGAGGAAGAGAGGGAAAGAGGAAGGAGGGUAGAAGGAGAGAAGUGGGGCAGGGACAUAUAUAUUAGUUACACACCCAGGGCUGCCAUGAUACCCAAGUUCACUUCUUUCCAUAUAAGGACAUGCUUUUGUCGUUAUUAUUUUGUGAAUGUCACCUGAGAUAAACAAUGUAGACCCAGUCCAAUCAUAUUAUACUUACCUUGGAAAGGAGUAGCAAACAAUUUAUGAUUGGUUAUAUCCGUUUUCAUACAUGAACUGUGAUGCACUCAGAAAGGCUUGACUCAAUCUGUUCCCAAGCAUCUGGCCCAGGAUUCCACUUAGGGCAAGGUCAGAACCUUGCCGAAACCAGUCUGACCUUCUGCAGGAAUCGGCUUCCAAGAAGACUCCCAGCAUCUGACCUAGUUAGACUCAGAAAAUCUCCUCUCCUGCUCUGAAGGACUGAAAGUGGACUCUAAAUAUUGUAUUACUCUUGGCCAAUGUUGGGCAAGUGGAAUCCUGCCAACCACAUUUCUUUGCAUUGCCUUACCCCAACUUAUCCCAAGGUAGUGUUUUGUUUUAUCUGUCCUGACAUCAGCCUCACUUUGGAAAUGAGAGGUUCUCUAAGGUUCUGGCAGGAACAUUCCAGUCUAGCUAGAGAAACAGGUUUUUGUUGCCCCAUAGUUCAGAUUGAAGCGUUAAUGAGCAAUUCUAAGAAUACAAAAUGACAUUGUUCAUAAUUGUUUUCAACAUAGUCUGAAGAUUGACCUGCAAGACCCAUAGAUAUAGAAGUUAUAUCCAAUCUGAUCUUUGUUUUGGAUCAUUGUGUUGAAAAUGACAGAUACUUAAUCUUCAGUCAGACUGAAAAAUCUUUAUUUUCCACCUAAAUUAUUAUUUCAAGAUACUCAAAUACAAUAGAUGUUACCCUUUUCAAAACUGCUUCCUGAAGCUAUCUCCAAAUUCUGAUAGUUAUGGAUGAUAAUAAUCUUCUAGAUGUAUGCUUUCUUCAUCAUCUUUGAAACCUGGAUAAUAAUAUAUUUUAUAAAGGACACAAGUAUGACCAUACUUUGAAAAUUAUCAUCUCAUAGGUGUCUCUUUUUAACUUGAGCUGUUUUAUAUGCCUGUGCAACUAAAUGUGUAUCAGUGUAACUAAUACAUGAUUUGUAUAGGUUACUAAAUAGCAUAUUCAUGGUUAUUUUUCUGCUCAUUGCAUUCUUAGCUUUAGUAAUAUUUUUAUGAUCAUCUGUAAACCAAAAGAAAUGUUCUAACAUCUCCUAAGUUAAUUGGUUGAAAUGGCAUAAAAGUAGCCUGUCAUUCUAUGUCCAACAGAUAUUGCUGUUCCCCUUAAAAUUUGUAAGUAUCUCAUGAGUUUGGUGAGUGGAAACAGUGACUUUAGUACAGACAAAUCCAAUGAAAGAAAGUUACAAACAAAAUGGGUUAUCAGGCUGAUGUUUUAAGUUAAUAUUCUUACCAGUUUGGAUUCUAACCACUUUUAUCUCUGGUCGUAUGAGAAACAUGUAUGUAUCUCAAUAUACAUUGUAUACAUAUAGUUUCUUUGAUGUGAUAAACACCAAAAUAACAAUGUGAUGACUAAAAACAAUGUGAAGAGGAAAGAGUUUAUUUCAUCUUAGAGGUUACAGUCAAGGAAAGCCAUGGCAGGAACCCUGGAGGCAGACUAUGGAGCAGAAAGCAUAGAGGAACAUGGUACUGUCUUGCUUCGCCCAUCUGCUCAGCUCUUAUAUAGCCAGCCACGCCAUCCCACCACCCACCUACAGACAGUACUGUCCACAGGGAGCUGGGCCCUCAUACAUCAAUUAGUAAUCAAGCGAAUGCCCAAAGGUCAGUCUGAUCAAGGCAAUAUCUAAUUGAGACCCCUUCAUAUCACUCAGGAAUAUGUCAAGUUGACACCUGAAGCUAAAGAGAGCAUAUAAAACUAAACUCUUUCCACAUGGUUCUCCAAAGAACUAAAUUUAAAUCUCCAAAGAACAGAUUUCAGGACUCUAGCAAACUAUGACUUAAAGAGCAAAUCUUAAUUUAGGACUUGGUUGACUAUCUUAACUCAAACCAUUCUAUUGUAAUGGUCAGACUCAUUUAUGGGUUUGUUUGUUGUCUAUUUGCAAGCUACUAGAACCACACUGAAUAUUUUCAAUAGAGACCUAUAUCAAUUUCAAUCUACAUCACCUAAAAUCUGGUCCUUUAUAAAAACAACAACAACAAAAAGACAACUCAUUUUCAUUGUACCUCAUGCUUUGUGAUGCCCUUUAGGAAUCCAUGUUCCAAACUGUAGUGUUUUGGCCCUAGUUAGGGUUAUUUCUCUUAUUUGCUGUUUAGAGGUUAGGUAGCUUUCUUUGAUAUUGCAAAUGGUCUCACAACAGUUGUGCAAGAGGAAAAAUUAAAUUUCCAUGUGAACAAAAAUGCAAAAUUACAUUAUUUCUGAAAAAGGAAAUUUGUGUGACGAGUUAAAAGUGGGUUUCUAGUUGUUUGAACAUGUUUUAGGAACUUUCAAAACAAUGUGAAUUAAAUAAAAAACAUAUAAAUAAUGUUCACUCACAUUUAAGUCCACCUGGAGCCCUGUUGCUUAGCGAGCUAUGGAAUGAGCACCCUCAGGCUCUGAAUUUCUCAGUUCAAUGAAGUACUUUCUAGCAAUUGGAUUUUCAUUAACAUUUAGGAAAUCGUGUGUUAGUCUAUGAAAAUGUCUUGCUCAUCAACAGUUCAGGAGAACACGGCCAACUUUACUUUUCAAAGCUACUUUCCUAUACCCCUGCUCCUCCGAGUGUUCUAGAUUUCAUGUGAAGAGAGCCUUUAGUACAUACUUUACUUUUCUAGCAAAUUUAGAAGCCCAAGGAGAGCCCUUUAGUCUACUUCUACCUAGAAAAAUUGUCCAUUCCAAAGUAUCUGCCUUAAGAGAACCAAGUAACCCAGUUGCUGGGGGAAAUUGAGGCAUUUGUGGCUUGUUUCAGUUUGACUUUCCACAUCUGUAACUGCAAAGGUCACAAACGGGAUACUAAGUAGGAAGCGAGUCUCAGCCUAUAGUUAGGAAGGUCUGCAGUUACUGUAUGACGGAAUGGCAUGGCCUUUUCUUAACUGUCGCAGCACUCAGUAAGAUGACACAGACACUGGGACGUUACAGAAUGUGGGAACAAAAGGCAUGAAUCAUCCUCUGAGCCCUGGUGGUUAGCAUGGGCAGGAGGCAAACUGCUGGAAUGAGAUGGGGAAGGUGGCAUAUGUUAGGACUGCCCGUUCUUAUCUUCUGGCUGGUUCCAAGUUUGAAGGCAGUUAUUGAUAGACUGAAAAACCUUAACAUGAGUAGAUCAAAAUCAAUAGCUACUUUUCUUUCUGGAAAUUAAACAGUGCGGCUUAGAGGAUAUUUGGCCUCCAUGGAAAGCAAACUUUAAGGACAUGAUUCACUAAUAGCACAAGCUUCCUAGAAAUAGCCCAUUCCAGGAACCCUUUUCCCACAGUAAAUUUUCAGGGGAACCAUUACUUGCAAUCGAGGAGCCAGAAAUGAAUUAAGCCCAGUGCCACUCUUCAGGUAGCUAAGACAUCCUAAAGAAAAGGCAUGUGAUCACACAGGUAGCCUGUACUGAAUACCUGCAGAUGGUAAGCAGGGUUUGGAAGAGGAAAAUGGUCUCUUGUGCCAAGAACGUGCAAGGCUGAUUCUGAACGGUUAAGGAGGAAAAAGAGGGACCUGUCUGACUAAGGAAUGGCCUAGCCCAAGUGGAGAAACACAGGUCGAGAAGGAUUGGCCUUCGAUGAGAAAGGCUGAGCUACAGUGAAGUGUUGUGGAGUGGGCAGCAGCAGUCUUAGAUUCAGGCCGAACUCCUUGCUGCUCUCUGGUUCCAGACAGCUGUGGGCGAAGCUCUUCUUCAGGGUGCCUGCCCCUGCUACUUGGCUAGCCUCCUAGUACAUAGCUAAGCAGGAUAAAAAUCACCCAACACAGUGAACACACGUGUUUCUGAGUACACAGCUAAUCUUCAAACCAAAAAGCUGGUCCUCCCACGUUCUUAAUUCUUCACCCUCUUCUGUCCAGUGUAUAUAACCUAUAAGUUUAUAAUUAUAAAAUAUAUAAAAAUCUAAAGAAUUUAUUAGAUCUCUUAUUGGAGGCACUAUUUUUCCAUUCAUCUUCAAGAUACUUUUUGUGUGUGUGUGUAAAUUACCAAUUAGAAUUAUAGUGUGAAUACUCUGGCUUGUGUAUCUUUGUUUAUUUCUGGUAAUGUCUGUGGAUAGUGGAUGGCUACAUUACUCCAGGAGACAUGAGAGACAGAGACAAAGACUCGCAGCUGGGUUGAGGGGGGAAAUAAUGCUAAGGAGUAAAGAGACUGUUAGGACACAGAACACAGGUUAGUGGACACUGAAUAAGGAAGACGUGAUAAGAGAGGUUUUCAGGCUUACAUGGCAUGAUCUGGGAUGUCUUUUUGAGACUUUCUCAGAUGUGAAAUUUGCAUUAAUGGGUUGUUGCAAGGUUUUUGGACUAAAGAGACAUAUGCAGCUUCAGUGACAGCACGGAGGAGUAUAGAAUAGCAUCAUAUGCAAGAAAAUAGAUUUCCCGGAGUCUAGAUCACAAGUCAUUAACCCAAAACGAGAGCUUGUAUGAAUUGGAGGAGAAAGUACAAAUACCUUACACAGCUAAGAUGGUUGGCUGUGAACAUUUCACUUUCUAAAUGUGUCAAAAUGGUGCUAUUGAUUCCUUAAUACAGAGAUACAAUUAUAAUAUUUUUAGGUAAGUUAAGUUAAGCCUGGCUUGGCUGUAAAUGUAAAUACAUAAAAUGUUUGCAAAGCCGUCAACAACACCAUGUCUAUUUGCUAAUGGUUGAGGUACUGUGUUCUUCAGUGUGGGUGACUGACCUGACUUCACAUUUUCUACGAAGGGAAUAAGAGAGCCAUUGGCUCUCUCUCAAUUGCUGAAAGUCCAGGACAUUUGACAGCUCGCUGGAUUCUUCUUGGAUGCAGGUUGGACAAUCCAAUCCAAUGAUUAAAUAUGAUCAUUUGGUGAUAGUAGGGGUGUUGGCCAAGAACUUGAAAAAGAGUAUGUGGCAUGAGUAAUUAAAGGUGAAUGCUGCUAGGCUAACUGUAGAGACUGACUUUAGUGAGGACCAAUGUAACUAUGUUAAGUUCACCCAGACUGUCAGAGCAUGCCAAAAGAAGCUAGCCAGUGCCUUGCAGCUGGCCAAUCUGUAAAGGAAUCUGCAUGUACAAUGUGAUAAUAAAUCAUCUAAGAGCCCA